GUCAGUCUGUCCGCGAGUCUGCACGGAGAGCCACAACCGAGGGAAACUCAAGGUGUGGAUUAUAACAAGUGGAGUACUGAUGCGUCGGCUGUAGCUGGACUCCUGCGGGUUUAAAGGUAAGAUAUUCGCUGUCACAGCCGCUGUGAAACACGCACUAAGUUUGUUUCUUAAACUGUUCAGAGUGUGCUGCAGCAAACACCUUACCGCACGUGAGAGGACAGGAGGAGACGUGCCCAGACCGGUGAUAAAAGUGAGAACGGGGAGUUUGAUUUUGACAUGAUGGAGCCUCUCCUUUGAUUCCCACUUUCCUGAGGUCUGUGCCAGUUAAAGUUGGAGCCUGACAUUUAACAGUCAAAGUCCAAUAUAUAAAAUGUAAGAUGUAAGACGUUUUUUUAUUUGCUUUUUUAAUGUUGAUUUCUUUGUGAGUUUUGCUAUUUGCAGUGGUAGGGAUCUCCAUGCUUUCAUUGAUCUGUAUUUUAUUGUAAGCUUUAAAAAGAUGGUGUUUGGUUUGGGGAACUAUGAAUAGAUCUCGUGUUCUGGCUGUCUGGUGGCACAUGUAUAUGAAUCAUGAUUGUGUUUUAGCUGAUUGUUUUGAUAUAAUGGAGUUUUGGACUACAGUAUUUUUCAUGUUGAUAGAAGUAAUGCAGCAUUGAUUCUGUCCUCAACUUUUAUCCAUUGUAGACAGGAGGGCAUGUUGUUGAUACUGUUCUUGGAUGGACAUUGCAGAGCAAGGCAAGGCGUGCUGCCUUGUUCUGUACCAGCUGGAGUUUGUUCAAGUCUUUUAGAGUAGCUUUUGCCCAAACUAUAUGACAGUAGUCCCGAUGUGAGAGUACAAUGUUGUUUAUAACAAUUUUUACCAUUUUUGCUGCAGGGUAUUUUGUCACCAAACCACUGCCAAUGUCUGACCCAUUUUAUGCACAGCAGUGUAGCAGCAAGACACCCCUGUGUGUGAAACUCCCACAUUCCUAGCAGGAAAGGUUCCUGGUCCCAGGACACAGGAUCAUAUAAAUCUUUCCAGACUUGUACUUUCAGGUUAGCUAACUGACCCAACCGGAGGUUGACCUAAAUCUCUGGCUCUUCACAAUCAGUCAAUUAGGUGAACAGAGACAGAGUUAUAUUACCUUUCAAACUGACUCCCAUUGCUGACCAUCUAAAUAAUCAUUAACGCCUCAACUGAGGUCUCCCAUUUGAGAUUUACUGUCUUAAAGUGUGUGAACACACAGAAUCCAAGGUCAGAGGAGCAAGACGCUGACCUCCAGACCUCUGUCAUAAGAUCUUGCCAACCAUGUACUGAUUCCUCACUGACAUGAACUGCAUUCCUUUGGAGAAAGAAUAGUAAGGACUGAUAAUGAUGUCUGGCACAAUGUACUAAUCUAUCUAAUCCUGAAAUUUGAGAUAAAAUGAAACGUGCCCUGUUUUGCUACGUGCUCCAGAAGCCGAGCUGUCUUUCUGGCAAAAUGAAUCUGUUAUUCUUUAGUUUCUUUAGACCGAAAGCAUUUUAAGCUGUACACAGGAGACAGGAUGAGAUCUGAAGAGCAGCCUGAGCGUCUUUUAAUGUACAGAUGUAGAAAUCAGUACAGAUGACAAACAGAGUCUUGACCAAACCAGAGGAGAGCACAACCCCAGGCUUUUCUCCUACCCCCUUUUAUGCUGCCAGGUGUGUAUUUGAAUACAAUCAUUGUGUAUUAGUGUGUGUGUGUGUGUGUGUUCAAUGUUUGAAGCAAGACCAGCAGGAGAUCUCUCUGUGUUCAUGCCAGAUGUGUUUCCAAACAGGCCAGACAAAAUCGGAAGCCCCAAAAAACGUGUGUUUGCGUGCGUGUGUGCAUGCAUGUAUGUGAGUGUGUGCAUGUGAGAGAGAGAGGGGAGGAGCCUGCAGGUCAUGACCCAGCACUGACCUGGCCACAAAAGUAAACUAUGUUCUUCAGCUCUCAGAAGUACAUAGAGGUGGAAAAAAUUAACAAAAACAAAAGUGAGCUGUUAUGUCUGGAGGUGUUUAUAAACCUGCUAUCUGGCCUUUUGAUCUCCGGGGGCCCCAACCCUGGCUCCCAUGGAAUCCAGGGGGAAAAAAAACACUGGGAACCAUUUCUCAACAAGAACAGUUUUUUGACUCCCAUCCCUAACAGCAGCCCUAGUGUGGAGUCAUUUCUUCCAAAUGAUUCUGUGUCUCUUCUUUGGAAUCAGUGGAGGUGUGCUGUUCUGUGCUUCAAAGCGGGCAAAGAAGCUGUUGUGGUUGUUUAGUAGAGAGAUGUUGCAGUCAGACCUGUGGUGAGGGUUUGUAGUCCAUGAUGGUCUUAAUGCCCUGUCACAGGCUUUGUGUGUCUCUGCUGUCUUUAUAGAGUCCUGUUAUUCUCUUCUGGUAGUCCUGUUCAGCUUUCUGGAUGCCUCAGGAUGGGUUGGCUCUUGCUUUUCUCAGGCCAUCUGCAUCUCCAGCGCUGGGGUAGGAGAAGGCAGUGUUCUUGACCCUCAGCAGCCUGCUGACCUCUCCUGUCGCCCAAGGCUUCUGGUUAGCUCUGGUGAUGAUGGUCAGUGUGUGGGUUGUAUCAUCCAUGCAUUUUCUGAUAUAGGAAGUGACACUGUCUGUGUACUCUGUAGAAACUAACUAGAUGCGAGCCUGUGUUUUUUGUUUUUUAAUGAAAAUUACAUUUAUUUCUUUUUAUAUAUUCUUUUACUGCAAUAUGCAAUAUUGAUUGAUAUUGAUUAUGUUAUUUGUUAUAGUUUAUGUUAGUAACCAAUAUUGCUGCUGCUAUACUAGAGGGUUGAAUGGUUCAUGGCCCAGAUGUUUGCACUCUAGUCUGCUAUGCAAGGAUGUUGGAUAGUUUAUGGCCCCAGUGGUUUGCACUCUAGCCUGCACUAAACCGCAAUUUGGGCCCUGGGACGUGCGGCACUCAAGUGGCUGUCUUCUUUCCUCUUUAGAGGUGUUGUUCAUGUAGCUGAUCUGCUUUUCUUUUUUAAAUGUCAACCCAUUGUAUGAGUUAUGCUUAGCUUGUUAUGACGCCAUUGUACAACUGACAACAUAUGAGCCACCUGGGUAUCAAGGAAAUGUUCCCCGAAAUCGUAUAUUGCUGACUGGAAUGUUGACGUCACAAGAAGAAAUAAUACCUAUGCUGAACAACCUGUAUAAACAUUGCCUGCAAUUGUUGAAGGACGGAGAACUUCUGACUGAUGUGCCUGCACUGUGUCUGUAACUUCUCUCUCAUGCUGCGUGAAUAAAUGUGUUAAGAUCUUUAGUUGGUUUGACCAUUUAUUAAACACUGCUGUCAUCACUCCGAGCUGACCGGUCCUCUGCAACAAGAAAACCCAGCCUUCACUCUACCACAGCUCCUUAAUCUGUAUGGCUGUUGUUUGCGGCAGUCUUGAGGAGCAGAAGAAGCUUCCUCUGGCCACAUACCAGCUUUAGGAAGGGUUUCCUGGUCUUCACCCUGGGCUUGUAUGCUGGUCUGAGCAUGAUGGUGAUGGUGAUGUGGUCAGAGAGUCGGAUGUGGGGGGAGGGAAGAGGCCAUGUUCCUUUUUGUGUCAGAGGGGUUGUUUCAUCUGGUUGGGAAAUUAACAUGCUGGUGUAAAUGUGGGACACCAGGCAGUAAGGAUGAGAAAGGUGCUUGGGUGGGCUGUAUGCUCCUCACUGAUGGCCUAAAACAGCUCACAAAUGCCUCUUUUCUAUUAGCGUUCUUAGCAGUGAGGAAAACGUAAACAGCGGUCAGCAGAAUCGCUGUAAAGUCCCACAAAAGAUAUGAGUACAGCAUUUGAUGAUCGUGUGCCAUUCUAUACUGACCUUAGUUUUCAACACCAGGGCUUUCCCUGUUAUUUCACCACUUCAAUAUUGUUUGACUACUGUAAAUAAUUGAAUUUCUCUGUUUUCAUGCAGGGACACCUGCAACAAGACUUAGACAAGGAUGGAUUCUUGCGCAUGGAUGAACGGUUGGAGCCAGCAGGCUGGAACACCCUUGCAGUCCUUUCAACCCUCUGCUCUGCAUACCCAAAAGACAAUGAGGACUUAUCAAAUGGGGACAGUGAACACCUACUCUCAAGACAGGACAUCAUACACCAGAGCCCAGCCAAUACAAAGUUUCCAACGAAGAACCAACUUGCAGACUUCAGCAGCUCAUAAUCAGGCUAUGUCCUCCCCAGAGUCAUCUGAAUGGAUUAGCAACCACAACUACAGGACAAUAAACAGUGACCUUCAAAGAGGAAACCCUCAUUCGAUGACCAACACUUGGCAAGGUUUCCCUCAGAACUCAUUUGAGAAUCCAUCGGCCCAAAGUCUGUCAAAUAUGAGGGCAGCAAACAUGCCAAGUUAUAGGAAUCAGAGCAGCUCUGUCCAAAACGUCAAUGCAUCAGCAAACACUACAACUGCUACCUCCUUUCCAUAUGGACCAGUGGCUUACCCUAACACAGCAGUGUCUUCUGCUGCUCAUGGCUUGAACCACAAACAAAACUGCAUUCAGAACCAACGUCCUCCACCUAGUUAUAACUCUGCUGUCUAUCAGUCCAUCAGAAACAACAAUAAUAUGGCAAACUCAUCACCAACUCAGCAAAGCCAAGCUAAAGUUGGCUGUGGCAAUUGGCAACAAACCAGAUGGUUAUCUAGAACAAAUGAGCUCCCUUUAGAUUCCUCUAAAGAAACAAGACAGCAAGUGAUCGCCAGAAUCUCACAAAGUCUACAACAGUCUGUUGCUACCGAAUUAAACAGUUGCCCUGCCUCAUGUGCUGUUUCAAAAUACAGCAGUAAUCAUUUGGUUGAAACAACAGAGUCCAAUCGUAACAUGCAGCCAGCUGGGAACAACAACUCAUACCCACUCCAACCUUCACCUCCUAACUCUGGACAGUUUUUGAGAGCACAACACGGCUUGGGUGGAUCUGUAACAUAUUGCAACUACAAAACAGCAGCAAAUGGAGGUAGUGCAGCGAAUACAGGUUUUCUUCCAAAUGGGAAUCAAGGUCCAACUUUAAAUGAUUUAUCUCAGUCCACGAAGAAUUCAGCUAAACCAGCAAUGGAUGGAGCAAUGCCAAACAAUGGCUCUGCUUAUCAGUGUCCUGGUGGUGUAGGCCCCAGAGCUGUUGCUGUUGUGCAGCCAUUGUCACAAAAAAGUCACCAGGAUUCAAGAGAAGCCUUUCACAAACUUCUGAAAUUAGUUGCAGGGGAAAUAGGCAAGUCUGGAGAAUUAAAUAAAGGGCAGAGUCACAGAAAACCCGAAAAGACAAGUGAAACUGUAUCUGACGAAACAAAAAUCAGCGAUUCUCCAGCGCUCAUUGAUUCUCUUUCUGAUUUAGUUGGACACCAAACAAAGACACAAAAUCAGCCAUCAGAACCAGGACUGGCUGAAGAACCUCAGGUGGAUGGAGCAGAAACAGCAGCCACUGCAGAAACAGCAGCAUCCACUGCAGAAACAGCAGCCACUGCAGAAACAGCAGCAUCCACUGCAGAAACAGCAGCAUCCACUGUAGAAACAGCAGCAUCCACUGUAGAAACAACAGCAUCCACUGUAGAAACAGCAGCUGCUGCAGAAACAGCAGCAUCCACUGCAGAAACAGCAGCAUCCACUGUAGAAACAGCAGCUGCUGCAGAAACAACAGGUCUAAACGGUGAUCAGGACAGAAUUGUAAAUGCAGCUGAACCAGUGAGGAGUUUGGUGGAGCUUUCUGCUGUACCGACCAUCCAGUGCACACCUGAAAUGUUGAGAAAAAAAAUAACAGAGCUCAAUAAAGGCUACUUGGACCACAUUAAAACGUCCAACGUGAAUAAAGUUUUGGGUACACUGUUAGAUAUGUUCUGGGCGAGUUAUAAAGGAGCAAAAAGUUGGUACCCAAGUUUAAUGACAGAGGUGAAAGAUUUCUGCAGAAAACAUCUAAAUGAAGACGCUGUCAUUUUGUCAGCAGUUGAUGAAGCUGGUUUGGAGGCUCUUAAGGGCCACCAUAUUCUCAAACAUGACGAAGUUUACACAGAACCACCCUACAAACCGUUUUGGCUGACUUACAGUGAGAAGCUAGACGACAUUGAAAAAGAGUUUGGCUUGCCGUGGCCUCUAAGGCAUCGCUCAUGUACAGCGGAACGUGACAUUGAGCUUGAUCAGGCUGAGAUAGCUGUCAGCUUCUCAGAUCAGCUUAUCAGUGAGUUGUCCAACACUAUACUGUCCCAAACACAGGAUAAGGUGUUUGAAGAAUGCAGUGAAGAAAAAGGCUGGGCUGAUGAAAGUGCGUCUUCAUCAAAUGAAGGAGAGAGUGUUGACCCUACUGACCCUUUUCGCUCACUGGAAAUCAAAGUUUUGCCCAGAGAAGAGGCCCUACGUAUCCAUGAACAAGCUGCCAUGAGUGAUAGAACUCAACCAGAGAGAGUUAUGAACAGCUCCAAGGAAGAUGAUGUGCAGGAGGUGAUAAAUGACACCAUAAGUGACUUGACAUUAGAGCGCCAAUCAGCCAGUCCGAUGGAGCAGAUAUGCCAGAGUGAGAGAAAUCAUGAUAAAACCUCAGACAAGACCUUUGAUGAGAAAGAGACAGGUGAGGCAAAGGCAAACGAAGUGUAUGGGACGUCCUCAGACAGCGAGUUUACAUCUGCAGAGGCUGAAAAACCAGACGAAUAUGGGGGAAUCAACAACAAUUGCACAGAAGUUAUCACAUAUAUUGAAACCAUCUACACUCCUGAGGAUGAACAAACAAACUGCAUUGCUGAUCUCAUAAACACCAGUCGGUCAAGCAGCAAACUCUUAAGUGAAGAUGAGGUGGCAGAUGACAUCCCCAAGCACAUGCUGAACAGAUCAGAGCUAAGUGGGAAUAAAAGCAAAAAUACCACAGCAGAAGGGGACAUUGCUCAACUCUCUAGUCGUAAUGGGGAUGCACAGAUUUCAGACCUGAAGACCUGUAGAUUGGCUCAGCUGAUGCAGAAAGAUGAUGGAAAGCAGUCAUCAGAAACCAGAGAAGACACAACUCAAACUGAGAUGACCUCCGCCCUCCAGACUGCUUUCACCCUUAGCCGAAAUUCUGAAACCAACGAAAGAAAGCACAAAAGAUUACAGAGGCAUGAUAAGUUUCUUCAUCCCCACAAAAAGUCAAAGAAAUCCCAUGUGGACCAUGUUGGAUUUGAGGAUGAUUCAGGAAGUAGAAAGAAGAGUUUAGUUGACAUGGAAGAUAGUCAACCUUCAGCAGGAGGUGGGACUGCAAAGCUGGUUCUCUAUGGCUCGGCACAUGCCAAAUCUGAUCGGAAUAACGUGAAUAGAACAUCUAAGCCUCCAGAAGUCCUCUCUGUGAGUCUCAGUCCUCUGUCAAUGGAUUUGAGUGAAGCUGUGCCUGCAGAGGAACCUUCAGCAAAACAGCGGAUUUAUGAAAAAUGGAGCAAAACUUUGUAUCCAACUGAAGUGGAUUACAGAAGCAAAUUGAAAUCUCUUACAAAAUCAGGGGCAAAUUUGAUGAAAUCUGAGAGGAAGAGCAGUGUAAGGCAGCCGCUGACCUUUGAGAGAGGGAACAGUGUAAAUACAGCCACCAAGAGGAGGAAACACAGGAAGGAACUGAGACACAGGAAGGAGACAACCACAACAGAAAGGAAGAGAAGAAGAGGUGGAGCCAAAGCAAGGUGUCCUGCUGAUCAGCGGAAGAGUAAGGACAGGAACUACGCAGGUGAAACUCUGCGAGAGAGAUUCUUCUGGAUGUUCAGUAUGUUACCCAGAAGCUUAAAGUUAAGCGAUGGACCCAACAAGACGGAAAACAUGAAUGAUCCUGCUAAGAGUAAGUCAAUCCAGAUAACCAUGUUGACUGAUUAAACUUGUGUGUGCAACAAUCUUAGAGAGGAUGAUUUUUCAAACAUUUGUAUUGCAUGUGUUUAGCUCUUUUUACCCACAGACCACUGAUGUAUGUUAACUUUAAAGCUAACUCUUGCUCAGCAGAUGUGUUGUCCGUGGUCCCAGCAAAAUUAAUUCACAAACAAACUAACAAUCAUACUAGGAGGGAGGUAGUUGAAUUGGUUGAGAAAUUUGAACAAGAAGGAAGAAAAAGGAGAGAAGUUGUAGUGGAGAUUUGUUGCGGAGAGGAAGUUGGAGUUGCAGUGGAAGUGGGUGUGUCAGCAGUGUCAAAUCGGUCAAAGAGCAGGUUAAGUUCAUCAGCUCUUUCCACAUCACCCACCACUGGCUCUCUUUUCUUAUAAUUGCUGUGUCCAGAGAUGGUACCGAUUCCUCUUCACACCUCACAGAUGUUGCUGUGUUUUUAAUCCCUCUCUAACUUCUUUUUGUAUGGAAACCUUCACUGAAUUUUCUUAAAAACAAAAACACACGUUUUUAAAGCUGUUGUCUACAUUUUAUUUCAUUUUAUUUUAUCUACCAACUGUGACUAAUUACUUACGAAUCUAUUUCUUAUCUUCAAUUUUACAUUUGUGUGUCUGUCACCAUAGUAUUUGUGCACAUCUAUGGUUUGUUUGUACAUGCUGUGUAUUUGCCUUUAAUUCACUUUGCAUGUUUGCUGUAUUGUAUGGACGUUUAUGUUAAUAUUUGUUAAGCGUGCUCUCAGGUAUAUGUUUACUGUGAAGUUCAAGCUGUAAAGCUGAUGGUGUAAUGCAAUGUAACCUCAGUUGUGAUAACCUGGUAAAGAAGCUGAACAUUAGUAUCAUACAAACUGAUAUACAGCAUGUGUUUUACACAACAGAGAUCAAUUUUGCGUGUUUUAUAUUGAUCUGCUAUUAUGUCCCAUAUACAAUUAUCUUACAAUUAUUAAUCAUAUUCUUUUCAUACAUUUCUCAUAAUACACUGCAUAUGUUUCACUUAAAACCAGGGAAGGAUGUACAGUAUGAUUAAUUAGGGUUUCAGUAGUCAUUAUGUCAAAGUUAUAACACAUCAUGUUGACAGAGCACAGUGAUCUACAAGUGUGACCGGAGCUGAGACUUGGACUCUAUGGAAGUUAAAACAUUCAUGGUUAAGACUAGGCUUAGAUAUCUGUGAGGUCAAGAAAACUUAUUUGGGUUCUGCUCAGAACUGUUAUGUUCUUGUGAUUUCAAACAAUGUGAGAUGAUAUUUUCUCGGCUGAUUUCCUAGACAUCUUGUUUAUAAUGUGGGAAAAGAGACCCACACUUGUAAUACACACGUAUGAUGUUCACAAACACAUUCACCAGCACAUGGAGUAAGGAAAAGUAGAGUUCAGGAGCUCCUCUGAAGACUCUGGUCUAGACUCUGAUUGUUGAAUGUUCUGAUUUUGAUAAUGUUGCCCAGACUGCUCUUCAGAAAUCAUUCUGUCUCCUGAGCCUAGAUUUGCUUCAUCCUAUAUACAUUAUCCUCAACACAAUACAAUACAAUACAACACAAUAGGGAAAUUUGCCGUAGAAAUUCUGCACGGUUGAACAAUUGUUGACCAGAGGUUAUAUUAUGAUAUGCACGCUUAGAGGGACUUUAGGAUGUUAUUAUUGGGGAUGGUUUUCCUGGAUUUUAGCCAAAUGCCAAUCACAUCUCUGAUUAAUAACUUGUCUUGUUGUCAACAAAAAGUUAUUGUCCAGAUUUUCACUCAGAAUUUUGGAGGUUUUGUCUAAUUCGUAUGAAUUAUUUUCUCCACAGGUACACGGACUAAAUGAAAUCUGGAGGAGAAGUGUUUUCCACUGGGUCACAAAAACCUGCAACAUUCUCCAGGAAUUUCAGGAGGAAUAUCAGAUGGUCAGAUGCAGAUCUGGGUUACAGAUUUAGCAUGCCACAAGUGUCACCAAGACCUGAGACUAGACUUGAGAACCACUGCUCUAGGAUGACAUGACUGGCCAAAGAAAAUCAUCCUAUCAAGGGCUGAUGAACACUAGACAGAGAAGAUGUCUUUAUUUUCAUGUGAGAAAGUCAACUUAAGAUGGUUCUGAUUGUUUUCAGCAAGUUCUAUGUCAAACUAUUAUCCGUUUAACUAUUAAAUCAGUUUUGAAGUCUUAAACUGUAUGUGCUUUUCUCUAAAUUUUGAAUACCUCAUACAAAAACUUCACUUGAUCUGUAUGCAGCAGCUUUUAUAUCAUCUCUGCAUGUUUUUACAUUUAUAUAAAGUACUUUUAUAUUUUUAUAUUUGCUUGUUCGACCUUUGUUUUUAUAAGAGAUGGUGUUUGUUUUGUUUUAUGUUCUUUUAAAACUGCAGUAUAAUUCUCCUCUAUCCGUGUUUUUAAUGAACCCAUGGGGCAGCUGUUUCUGUUACUUACUGUUUGUGCACAUUUGAUCCUUUCCUACAUUUGAUUUGUCUACAUCUAUUUUAUACAGCGUUGUUAACAGACUGGUACUUUUUUAUUAAAAUGGCUCUGAUGCUAAA